UUUUAGUGGGGGUAUGUUUUCAAAUCCCUUGCGUGUAUAUACCUAGGAGUAGAAUUGCUGGGUCAUGUGCAAAGCUAAUCAUUCCUUGAAUAUUUACUAACGCUGUAGGUAUGACCCAAGAGGAGACAUGUAACCUGCCUAGGUCUCAGUUUCUUUCUUAGUAAAACAGGGACAAUAACAGCACCCAUUUUAUAAGGUGGUGAAAAUUAAAUGAAAUAAUGCAUCCACCGCGCUAAGUACAGUAUCUGGCACACAGCUGGCUGGGUAAAGUAAGCUGAAUGACUAAGCAGGGGGCCUCAUCUCUUCCCCUUCGCUUGGGCUCUGCUGACAUCUCAAAUGAGGGGAGUGGGACAAGCGGGCCCCUGCCCGAUAAGCUCUGCGCCUCUCAGGCUGGCGGUCCGCUGCAGAGACUCCUGGACGCCCUGGCCACCAAGACGCUGCAGACUAGUCCUCAGGAGGCAAGCCCUGCCCAACCCCCUGGCCCGCGACCGGGGAUACUCACCGGCAACUUCUCCCGCCUCUCUUUCAACUGCCACGCAGGACCCGGAAGUAGAGCUGCUGAUAUCGGAAGUAGAACCUUUUGGGAAUCGGAAGUUGGUGAACGCAAGCAUGGCGUCGGCGGUGCUGGCGCUGAGGAUCCGGACAGCCGGUAAUGGGACGCGUUACAUCCUUGCUGAGCCCCCCUCCGGCUACAGCUCUUGCCGUCAGAUAUGCUUCCAAGAAGACGGGUGGUAGCUCCAAAAACCUCGGU